UUUUGCUUGAGUGCCAUAAGUGAAGGAUAAAGUUGUGGAAAUGCUGAAGUUAUUAAUUUUGGCAGUAGUUGCUGUUAGUAUCCAGGCGGAAGAUUAUUGCGCGAUACAAUCUCAAUCCUGUCGAGGGAGGGAACAUAUUGCCUGUGAACCUAAUAGUUUCAAGACUCCAAGCGAUGUGAGAAACAUUCAAGUUGUACAGAUGACCGAUGACAUCAGAAAUUCCUUGGUUUCUGGACACAAUGCAUACCGAAGCAAAACAGCAAAGGGAGAGGAACCUAAAAUUCCAUCAGCUAGCAAAAUGGAGAAGAUGUUUUGGGAUGAUGAACUAGAAUAUGUGGCACAUCAGCACGUUAAGCAUGGAAGCUUUGCUCAUGAUCAGUGUCGUGCUACUGCUGAUUAUCCCUAUUCUGGUCAGAAUCUUGCUGUUGGGUACUCUUCUGUACCCUAUUCUGACGUUGCCGCUGUAAUUAGGAGCCACGUAGAUAUGUGGUACAACAAGGAGAUGGCGAUCGUAAGGGAUCAAAUGCCUAGUUGUAUUGACAGUUUCACACAAUCGCCAAAUUGUCUAAGUGCUGGGCACUAUACGGUGAUGAUUUCACAAACUAAUGAUCAUGUUGGAUGUGGUGCGGUUACCUUUGAAAAGAAUAUGAGUGGAAGAUGGUGGUACGCGGUCAUGACUACUUGCAACUACGCAUAUACCAAUAUGGGCAAUGAGAAAUUGUACGACAAAGGAUCUACAUGCUCGGCUUGUAGUUCUAUUGGGAAAACAUGUGAAUCUUCUUCUGGACUCUGUGUCUAGCUCAUACCAAUGAGAAAAUGUAUGAGAAUAUUUGCAAAUAAAUUGCUUUACCAACAAA